UCACCGCGGGGGUUGGUGGGAGGUGUAGUUCUGCGCGCUUUGCGCAGGCGCGGUGGCGUGAAGGGAGGGAAGGGAGCGAAUAAAAAAUGGCGGGAGCGCGGCCAAGAUGGCGGCGGGGAGCUGAGUGAGGGCUCGGGCUCGGCCCCGCCGGUUCGGAGCCCCCCGGAGGCGCUGGGGGAAGGGCGGCGCUCGCCCCCAUGUCCACCCCCCUCCCCUCCCCCCCCUCUCCCCUCCCCCCCUCCCCUCCACACCCUCUCCCUCACCCCUCCCCCCACCUCCCCGCCCAAAUCCCCCCAGAACCCCCCGGAAAAUCCCCAAAACCCCCCGGAAAAUCCCCAAAACUCGCCGGGAGCGGCCCCCAAGGACGACAACGAGGAGGACGAGGAGGAGGAGGACGAGGAAGAGGAGGAGUGGGGGGUGCCCUGGAGCGAGGAGGAGGAGGAAGGAGCGGAGCCGCCGGGCGGGUGGCUCCCGGCGCCCGCCGACAUCCGGCGCCUCUACGAGGGCAUCGCCCGCGCCGGGCUGCUCCCGCUGCGCGGCGCCCCGCGCCCGCGCCGCCUGCCCACCCCGGAGCCCCCCAGCGACGCCGAGGACGCCGCCGACCCCGCGGGCAGCCCCCAGCGCGACGCCCAGGAGCAAAACGCCCCGCGCCCGCGCCGCCUGCCCACCCCGGAGCCCCCCAGCGACGCCGAGGACGCCGCCGACCCCGCCGGCAGCCCCCAGCGCGACGCCCAGGAGCAAAACGCCCCGCGCCCGCGCCGCCUGCCCACCCCGGAGCCCCCCAGCGACGCCGAGGACGCCGCCGACCCCGCGGGCAGCCCCCAGCGCGACGCCCAGGAGCAAAACGCCCCGCGCCCGCGCCGCCUGCCCACCCCGGAGCCCCCCAGCGACGCCGAGGACGCCGCCGACCCCGCGGGCAGCCCCCAGCGCGACGAUGGUUCAGGGCGGGUUUGGGGCCGCGCCGGGCUGCUCCCGCUGCGCGGCGCCCCGCGCCCGCGCCGCCUGCCCACCCCGGAGCCCCCCAGCGACGCCGAGGACGCCGCCGACCCCGCGGGCAGCCCCCAGCGCGACGCCCAGGAGCAAAAGCCCCCUCCCCCCACGGAAUUCGACUUUGACGACGAGCCCCUCCCCCCCAACCCCGCCCUCAUCGACCGCCGCCGCACCCCAGGGCCCCCGAGCCGCGGGCAGAAGCGCGAGGCGCGCCUGGACAAGGUCCUGUCCGACAUGAAGCGGCACAAGAAGCUCGAGGAGCAGAUCCUGAGGACGGGCCGGGACCUGUUCCCCGCCGAGGGCGAGCGCAGCCCCGGCCCCAAGCGGCCCCCGGGGCUCUUCCUGCGGCACCGCAAGUUCUGACACGCCGGAGAACGCCAAAACGCCGGGAAUUCCACCCAAAACAGCGAAAGUUUGUUCUGACACGCCGGAGAACGCCAAAAUGCCGGGAAUUCCACCCAAAACAACGAAAGUUUGUUCUGACACGCCGGAGAACCCCAAAACGCCGGGAAUUCCACCCAAAACAGCGAAAGUUUGUUCUGACACGCCGGAGAACCCCAAAACGCCGGGAAUUCCACCCAAAACAAUGAAAGUUCCCAUCACUCCUCGA